AUCUCUCCAAUAAUUCUCUUUGUUCAACUUUAUCUCAAAACAGAAGCUGCAGCAGUAGCAAAGACUUUUGUUUUUUCUGUUAAUUAUAUGUAAUUGUUUUUAUUCAUCUCAAAAACUCAGCCCAUAGAUUAUAUAUAUACAUAUUAUAUAUAUAUAUGGAUAGAAUAGUUGGUGGAAAGUAUAAGCUCGGCCGUAAGAUCGGAAGUGGAUCCUUUGGUGAAAUUUAUCUAGCGACUCAUGUAGAUACUUUUGAAAUCGUCGCCGUUAAGAUCGAGAAUAAUAAGACUAAGCAUCCACAACUUUUAUAUGAAGCUAAAUUAUAUAACAUUCUUCAAGGAGGAAGUGGAAUACCAGGGAUAAAAUGGUCAGGUGUAGACGCGGAAGAUAACGUUUUAGUAAUCGAUUUAUUGGGACCGAGUCUUGAAGACCUUUUUGUAUAUUGUGGAAGGAAAUUUCAGUUGAAAACCGUCUUGAUGUUGGCCGAUCAAAUGAUAACUAGAAUCGAGUAUGUUCAUUCUAAAGGGUUUUUGCAUCGUGAUAUAAAGCCCGAUAAUUUUCUCAUGGGUCUUGGUCGAAAAGCAAAUCAGGUAUAUAUUAUCGACUUUGGGCUUGCUAAAAGAUACCGUGAUGCUACAACCCAUCGACAUAUUCCAUACAGGGAGAACAAGAAUUUAACUGGUACUGCUCGCUAUGCAAGCUGUAAUACUCAUCUUGGAAUUGAGCAAAGCCGACGUGACGAUUUAGAGUCUCUUGGAUACGUACUUCUAUAUUUUUUAAGAGGAAGUCUUCCAUGGCAGGGUCUAAAAGCCGCCACAAAAAAGCAAAAGUAUGACAAAAUAUGUGAGAAGAAGUUAUCAACUCCUAUUGAGGUACUAUGCAAGUCUCACCCAGUAGAAUUCGCAUCAUAUUUCCAUUAUUGUCAUUCAUUGACAUUUGAUCAGCGGCCUGAUUAUGGAUUCUUGAAACGUCUAUUUCGAGAAUUGUUCAGUCGUGAAGGAUUUGAAUUUGAUUAUAUUUUUGAUUGGACGAUCUUGAAGUAUCAACAAUCACAAAAGAGUAAACCUCAGCCACAUGUAUUGCCAGUUCAUGGCGAAAGCAGCAGUGGAGCCAUUCGUAAACAAAUAGAAAAACAGCAAGGAAGCAACAAUGCUACUUAUUCAGCUGAACUAACAAAUCGACCAAGAUCAAACACUGCCACCAGUCCUGAUGUCCGGAUGCAAUUAAAAUCCCCCACUAAUAGAUUAAAUCCCGACAAUCCUCCUGAAAGAAAUGGCUUAAGCUAUUCACAGAUGCCACCAUCUUCAUCUGCUCAGGCUACUGCUCCAAAAAGACACCCCAUAAAACCUGCAGACAAUACGGCUCCUUCUAGCAGCUGGAUUUCUUCGUUGCGCCGCAUUUCUUCUGCCAAGUGAUAUACAGGGUAACUUAUGGUGAAGAUAGCUCAAUCAUAUGGGGAAAGAAUGUUGUGCCAUCUUUCUCUUUUAUAGAAUUCCGUGUUAAAAUGAGAAGCGGUGUAUUUGUCAAUGUGCAUACUGCCAUUUCAGCAGCUUUCUUGACAAGCUUUUGAGCCCCGAUGAAGGAGCAAAGCAUGUUAUGAAUGUAAAUUAAUUGAUUCUUGAUUCAUAAGCUAUUUAUAAAGCUGAAGGUCAUUGAAUAUGAAUACAGAUCUUGGCUUCCAUCCUUUGUAGGGGCGGGUCGAUGUGACAACUAAAAUCCAAACCAACUUGGGUUUUGGCUUCUCGUGUAAUGAAGUGUUCAUUUCUGUUCUUUUUUCGUUUGAUUGCCUAAAAUGUUUCUUACGACUCCUGUGCACAUAGUAUGAUAUGUUCUUUGUUUGAUUUGAUCAA